UCAUGGAAAACCUUUUACUUACUCACCCGUCAGUUUGCAAAAACCCUUCACUCACAAAACGCAACAAGCAUACUCGCUAAGCUUCUCUGCAAUGGCCGAUUCCGGCGUCACUUCUAACAGGAGGGAUCCUAUAAAGUCCUCAGUUGGGAAUGCCGCCGCUAGUAGGAGACGAGAGCAUGCAGUAGCAGUUGGGAAAGAAAGGAGGGAAUCGCUGAUGCGAGCGAAAAGACUCUGCAGGGUGGGCAUUGGUGGUGGCGACUUCGAAGUUGCCAUUGGCAGUGACAUGUUAAUUGAUGAAGAGCAAUCUAAUUUGGAGUCUCAGACUUCGGUGGCCGUGGAAAAUUUGAAAUCUGCCCUUGCUUUUCAGGGGAAGGGUGCGGUGAAGAAAAGAGUUGGGACCCUUCAAGAAUUAAGGCGUUUGCUGUCGAGAUCUGAAUUUCCUCCUGUUGAGUCUGCCCUUAAAGCUGGAGCUGUACCCAUUCUUGUGCAGUGUCUUUCGUUUGGUUCUCCAGAUGAACAGUUGCUUGAGGCAGCUUGGUGUCUCACAAAUAUUGCUGCAGGGAAUCCAGAAGAAACAAAAGCAUUGUUGCCUUCCUUGCCCUUACUUAUUGCUCAUAUUGGGGAAAAGAGUUACCCACCUGUUGCUGAACAGUGUGCUUGGGCUCUGGGAAAUGUGGCUGGUGAAGGUGAAGACUUGAGGAAUGUUCUGCUAGUUCAAGGGGCUUUACUACCUCUUGCAAGAAUGAUGCUACCAGACAGAGGUUCUACUGUUAGAACAGCUGCCUGGGCUUUGUCUAACCUAAUAAAGGGCCCAGAUCCUAAAGCUGCUACAGAACUCGUUCGUAUUGAUGGAGUAUUGGAGGCAAUCAUUCGACACUUGAGGAAAGCGGAUGAUGAGUUGGCCACUGAAGUAGCAUGGGUGGUGGUUUAUCUGUCUGCCCUUUCAAAUAUAGCUACCAACAUGCUGGUGAAGAGUGAUGUACUUGAAUUACUUGUAAAUAAAUUAUCAACAUCAAACAAUUUGCCAUUAAUGAUUCCGAUUUUGCGUAGUUUAGGUAAUCUCAUUGCUGGCGAUUCCCAUGCAAUUAAUGCGGUUCUCAUUCCUGGACGUGAAAUUGCAGCUAAUGCCAUAGAAGUUCUUGUAAAAUGUCUGAAUUGUCAAAACAGGGUCUUAAAGAAGGAAGCAGCCUGGGUGCUGUCUAAUAUAGCUGCUGGUUCUGUUGAGCACAAACAGUUGAUAUAUUCUAGUGAAGCAGUGCCUUUGCUAUUGGAACUUCUUUCUGCCGCUCCAUUUGAUAUAAGAAAAGAAGUGGCUUAUGUAUUAGGAAACCUUUGUGUUGCCCCGACUAAAGGUGAUGGCAAGCCAAGUUUGGUCCUGGAGCACAUGGUUUCACUUGUUGAAAAAGGAUGCUUGCCAGGUUUUAUUGAUUUGAUUAGGUCUGCUGAUAUUGAAGCUGCAAGGCUUGGACUUCAGUUGACAGAGCUCGUCCUGAGGGGGAUGCCAAAUGGCGAGGGCCCAAAGCUUGUAGAGCAAGAAGAUGGGAUUGAAGCCAUGGAAAGAUUUCAGUUUCAUGAAAAUGAAGAUCUGAGAACCAUGGCAAAUACUCUAGUUGACAAAUAUUUUGGAGAAGACUAUGGGCUUGAUGUCUAAGUAGGGAUCAAACUAGCGAGAUUCACUGUCAUUUCUACCCAUACAAUGCUUGCCUUGCCUCGUGCCACAUGUCAAAUAUGGAGCAAUACAAGUCAAUGACAUUGCUGAUCAACGAUUCUUUAUGAAAGCCAAAGGAAUCUGUUUUGGUAUUGUUGUGUUUGAUAAAAUUAUACAGGGCUUGAGAUUGUACACUUUCGGUAGCCCUUGUAUUAGUACAUACAAGAUAGCUGAAAUGUAAAAUUUUUGUUUGUAUUUCUGUUCCAGUUCUUUUUGUUAGAAUGUAGUGCCUAUAUGCAAAAGAUACCAGUUACCAGUAAGUUCAGUACACUCCCAGAAUUUGAUUCCUAACUUUUUAUAUGGUUUAA